AAUGUGUUGCGCAAAUACAUUACACGGUUCAGACAAUUUACGUCUUCUUAUUGUUUUGUCGAAGUUUAUCAAGGGAACUAAUUGUUUUAAAUUCUUGAAGAGAAGACUCCCUCCGCACACUAUCAAAAGGUUAAAUGAACUUGUUAACCUUAGGUGCAAAAUUACCUCUGAACGCGAGAGAAUUGGAUUUUACCAGUCAUGUAUUUCAGGUCAUAUGUUUCCCAGACAGUUUUACAAAACUUUGAAAUCUAAUAAGCUACAACCAAACAUCUCCAAUCUUAUGCGACUUACAAAGUCACAUGUCGAAAAUGGGCAGGAUAAGCUCCAUGAUAUGCUUUUACUCCACAUCAAUGUAUCAAAUAUUCUAUCGGAUUUGUCAAUAAUAUGUCGUUUGAAAUUCCUACAAUUUUGUAGUAAUGUCAUUCUCAAAACGAAAGCCAAUAUGCAUCAGAAGCUAACCAGUUCACUUGACAGUAAAAAUCAUAUUAACCAUUUCCCUGUUAACCCGGAUAAGUACGUUACUAACCUUUCUACAGUGACACUGUCCACCUAUCAGAAGGAAGCCCUAUCCCUUGGACUUAAAUUUUGUGUUCCUCGAAAGCAGUCAUCAGAUUUGGCUACCCAUGCACAGUUUGAAAACCUAUACAACCAGUUGAAACCUCUCGUCCCAACUUCAAUUGAGGACCAGGGAUGGCUGAAAGCCAAGAUGGUGGAUAUCGCCCACCAGUUUUGUGAUAGCCAUCAGAACCAGAAAAGCAUUCUAACUUCUGAACAUUUCAGAGCUAUGAAGGAACUACGAGAGAACCCUGAUAUUAUUAUCCUCAGACCUGACAAAGGCUCAGGUGUCGUGAUCAUGGAUAAAAUCGAAUAUAAGUGUAAAAUGUCAUCGAUUCUUGAAGAUGAAAAUAAAUUCACUAAGGAUUGUUCUUCAGAAGACGUACAAUUGCUACAGGGAACUGUGACUGCUAAUCUAGUGAAACUGCUCGAAAUGAACGUCAUUACCAGUCAAAAAUUCGCCCUACUGAAACCAACUGAAUCCCGAUUCCCACAUCUUUAUGGUUUGCCCAAAGUACAUAAACCCAACAACCCCUUACGUCCCAUAAUGUCAAUGUGUAAGUCGCCAACGCAUAAGCUUGCCCAGUGGCUAGUGGAGUUAUUGGAUCCCAUUAAGAAGCAAUUUUGUAAGUAUUCCUUAAAAGAUACAUUUGAAGUAAUCAAAUGCCUUGAGCAUGUCAACAUAAAGGGUAAAUUUAUGUGUUCAUUUGAUGUUAACUCAUUAUUUACCAAUGUCCCUUUGGUCAAGACAAUUGACAUUUUAUGUGGUUAUAUUUCUGUGCAUAAGUUUCCGAUACCCAUUACUUUGGAUCACCUAAAACAGCUGUUACUUUUAUGUACAAACAAUAUUAAAUUCACCUUUGAGGGCGAACAUUUCCGCCAGGUUGAUGGUGUCGCUAUGGGAAGUCCUUUAGGUCCCCUCCUAGCCGACAUAUUUAUGUCACACGUUGAGAACUUAGCCGAGAACUUAAUAGACCAAGCCCAUCUGUAUCGAAGAUAUGUUGACGAUAUCCUGAUCAUUUGUGAAAACUCAAAUCAGGCUACUUCAAUUCUAAACCGACUGAACGAAGUACAGAACAGCAUAUCUUUGACAUGUGUAAGAGAGGAAAAUGACUGCUUGCCGUUCCUAGAUAUAUUAAUUAGUCGAAGGCAGGAUGGAUCCAUAAAACGAUCUAUCUACAGAAAACCCACAUGGACAGGGCAAUAUCUGAAUUACCAUAGCUUUUGCCCAGUUCAGUACAAGCGAACGUUAGUAAGGUGCUUAUUCAGCAGAAUUCAACGAAUAUGCACCGAGGAUACUUUAGAAGAUGAAAGAGGAACACUGACCGAUAUUUUGUUGGAAAAUAACUAUCCAUCAACAUUUAUCAGGCAGAACAAAAUCAGCAGAGCGUCAAAACUAGAACUGCAGUCAGUCCCAAAGAAGGAUGUCUUCAUCAGCCUUCCGUACAAAGGUGACUCUCAGAGUGCAAUCCUUAAGCAGAGACUCAACGCUGCUGUUAGAAGGACUUACUAUGCAGCCAGGGUUCGAGUAAUCGAAACCACGAAGCCCUUAUAUUCCCCCAAACCCCCACAGCAUGUGAACGAUAAUGUCACAUCCCAUUGUAUCUACCAAUUCAAAUGUACGUGUGGUGACACAUACAUAGGGAGGACUAAUAGAUCCAUGCAAGUAAGGGCCUCGGAACAUAUUCCAAAGUGGCUUCAGAAGCAAAUCAAAUCACCUGAACCUAUAAAUGUUGGUAGCAAACGUCCAAGCUCUUCGAUCGCUAAACAUAUCGUUGAGACAGGUCACAAGAUUGAUGUGGCUACUUCCUUUACACCUAUUUACAAAACAUGUUGGGGAGGGAUCCUGAAAUUUGUUGAAGCCUUAGCUAUUAGGAAGUUUAAACCACCUUUAUGUAUUCAUAAACAAUUUGUUGUCACAUUAAACCUUCCUUGGUAAAUUCAACUAUUGAAAAACCAAGUUCGAUGUACUAUUAUUUUUUCGCCCUAUUGAUUUUCAUUGUUAUUCGGCCUUUAAGUCAGCCUUCCUACCUGACCCCUUUUUAUUUUCUCACCCCUUAUCUUCAUGAGUUUUUAUAUAAAUACCUAUGACAAGUACGUGUGUGAUCAGAUAGUUCGAAAUGUGUUGCGCAAAUACAUUACACGGUUCAGACAAUUUACGUCUUCUUAUUGUUUUGUCGUAAUUUAAUUUAAUCUAUUCACUUUAGCCCUGGUUGUAUUUUGGUGCCAGGAAGGUGCACUACAUAUCCUUAACAUCCCUUCUGUGUUUUAAAUAUCUUCAAGAUGAAUUUGUCCUAAUCGGACCACAUUUUAUAUCGAAUUCAGAUAUUCCUUACUAUAUCUUUGUUACGGGGAGGAACUUAUGCAGCAUUUUGUUCCACAUUAUUGUAUUGAUAUAUGUAACAACUCACAACUGAACAUUUUGUUCAAUUGUACUGGUUUAAAAACUUUUUGCCUGCUCGUUGACCAGUAAAAUAUCCUGAUAUAU